UGGAGUUUGAAGAGAGCCAUCGACGUGCAGGAAAGAUGCCACGAAAAAACAAAAGAAGCAGGGCUCAGACGCUAAGAUGGCUGCAUCAUGCAGCGUUGCAGCAGCUGUUGGUGGCUAAAGAUUGGGUUCCCCCUGAGCAGCAGGACUGUAGCUCCAGUGUGGACCAGCAGGAGCCAGAGCCCCCCCCAAACAUUAAAGAGGAACAGGAGGAACUGUGGAGCAGUCAGGAGGGAGAGCAGCUUCAAGGGCUGGAGGAGGCUGAUAUCACCAAGUUCCCAUUCACUCCUGUCCCUGUGAAGAGUGAAGAUGAUGAAGAGGAAGCUCAGUCCUCACAGCUUCAUCAGAGACAGACUCAACACAUGGAAACAGAAGCUGAUGGAGAGGACUGUGGAGGACCAGAACCAGCCAGGAACUCACAUCCACUUUUACAACCAGAGACUGAAGACCAGACUGGAGACUCUUCUGAACCUGAGACUGAUGACAGUGCUGAUUGGAAGGAGACCAGAGAACCUCCGUCAGCUUUAAACUCUCUGAAACAUGAUUCAAGAUGUAAGAAACCAUUCAGCUGCUCUGAGUGUGGGAGAAUAUUUGGCACCAGGGGACAUCUGUUUGAUCACAUGAGAAUCCACCCAAGAGAGAAAAAAUACAGCUGCAGUGUUUGUAACAAGAGAUUUUUCUGGCGUCAACAGGUCAGAAGACAUAAAUGCGUCAACCUUCAGUCGUCACAGCUUCAUCAGAGUCAAACUGAGGAGAACAGAGAGACAGAGCCUCCAGCCAGCAGAGAAACUCAACACAUGGAAACAGAAGCUGAUGGAGAGGACUGUGGAGGAUCAGAACCAGCCGGGAACUCACAUCCACUUUUACAACCAGAGACUGAAGACCAGACUGGAGACUCUUCUGAACCUGAGACUGAUGACAGUGCUGAUUGGAAGGAGACCAGAGAACCUCAGUCAGCUUUAAACUCUCUGAAACAUGAUUCAAGAUGUAAGAAACGAUUCAGCUGCUCUGAGUGUGGGAGGAGAUUUGGCCGCAAGGAUAAUCUGAAGAGACACAUGAUAACUCACACAGGAGAGAAACCUUUUAGCUGCUCAGUUUGUAAUUCAUAUUUUACACAGAGAGGAAGUUUAUGGUCACACAUGGCCGCAGUCCACACAGGAGAGAAAAGAUUCAGCUGCAGUCUUUGUAACAAAAGAUUUUCCCGGCGUUCUGAUGUCAAAACACAUAAGUGUGUUGGUCCGAUGGAAACAGAAGCUGAUGGAGAGGACUGUGGAGGACCAGAACCAGCCAGGAACUCACAUCCACUUUUACAACCAGAGACUGAAGACCAGACUGGAGACUCUUCUGAACCUAAGAUGGAUGACAGUGCUGAUUGGAAGGAGACCAGAGAACCUCAGUCAGCUUUAAACUCUCUGAAACAUGAUUCAAGAUGUAAGAAACCCUUCAGCUGCUCUGAGUGUGGGAGAAGAUUUGACUUCAUGUCACAUCUGAAGAGACACAUGAUGACUCACACAGAAGAGAAACCAUUUGCUUGUUCUGUUUGUAGUAGAAGAUUUGCACAUUGGCUAAAUCUGAUAAAACACAUGGUCAUCCACACGAUUUGCCAGGCAUGAUCAGCUCAAAACACAUAAAUGUGUCGGUCAUCAGAGUCAAACUGAGGAGAACGGAGAGGCAGAGCCUCCAGCCAGCAGAGAAACUCAACACAUGGAAACAGAAGCUGAUGGAGAGGACUGUGGAGGUCCAGAACCAGCCACAAACUGCAGUACACUUUUACAUUUUAUUUUAUCUCUGAACCACCAGAAACCAUAAUAUCAAUCGUUGUGUCCGCAGCCGAAUUGACGCAUUUGCCCGAUGGCUGUACGACGCAUUGAGAGAAUAAACAAAACUCAUUUGUACACCAGUAUUCCCUCACAUGCACUCAUAAUCACUUAUAUUUACAAUAAUAUUCAUAAUUCACAGUAUUCAUCCUUUAAUAUGUGUAAAUCAGAAAUGAAAGCAAAACUAAUCACACUUUCUGUCAGAACAGAGACACGCUGAAUUGCGUGUGAAUGCUGAAAGCUGAAAAGCUGUUUUAGAUGUAAAAGAAGUGAAGUUGUAAGAAUAGUUGGAACUGUCUGUACAUUUUAAAUUGUACUAAUGUCAUAUUGUUUCCUGUUGCUCUCACCAAAGGACUAUAGUUAAAAACUAAAUAUUAAUAAUAGUACUAAAAC